GCUCCUCCUCUGGAGUCUGGACCCCUCUCUCUCUCUCCCUCUAGCUUUCUUCUCUCUCUCUCUCUCUCUCUCUCCCGUGCUCUUCCGGUCCUCUUUCUCCCAACUUCUAAUCGUCCCAUGGAUCUCUUCGCUACGGUACUCUGUCUAAUCGCCCUUUUCUAUCCUUUGUUCCUGCUCUGGAGGUUGAUUGAUCAAUGGAGAGGCCAAGCCUGCUACAUAAUUGAUUAUGAAUGUUUUAAGCCUUCUGAUGAUAGGAAACUGAGCACCGAGUUUUGCGGCAAGCUCAUCCAUAAUAACAAGUACCUGGGCUUGGAGGAUUUCAAGUUUCUGUUAAGGGCCAUUGUUAGCUCAGGCAUUGGUGAAGAGACCUACGGGCCGAGAAAUGUCCUUGAAGGCCGAGCAGAAAACCCUACCCUUAUGGAUGGGAUCUUGGAGAUGGAAGAAUUCUUCUUUGACACCCUCGACAAGCUCUUCUCUAAGACGGGAGUUUCUCCGUCGGAGAUUGACAUACUUGUCGUCAACGUCUCCAUGCUUGCUACGGAGCCUGAUCUAGCAGCAAGGAUUAUCAACCACUACAAGAUGAGAGAGGAUGUUAAGGUCUAUAACAUAUCCGGAAUGGGAUGUAGCGCGAGUCUCAUCUCCAUCAAUCUGGUCCAAAGCAUCUUCAAGGCGCACAAGAAAGCAUUCGCUGUGGUUGUGACGUCGGAGGCUAUCGGCCCCCAUUGGUACAGCGGUAACGACAGGUCCAUGCUUCUUACCAAUUGCUUGUUUCGAUCGGGCGGCUGUUCAAUACUCCUAUCGAACAAUCCCAGUCUAAGACAUCGAGCCAUGUUUCGACUGAAGUGCCUAGUGAGAACGCAUCUCGGUUCCAACGACGAAGCCUACGGAUGUGCAAUUCAGAAGGAAGAUGCCGCGGGUAGACCAGGGUUUCACCUUGGCAAGAACCUUCCCAAAUCUGCCACUCGUGCCUUCGUCGAGAACCUCAGAGUAUUAGCACCCAAGGUGCUACCGCUAAGGGAGCUGCUUCGAUAUGUUAUGGUAACACGCCUCCUUCCUCGGCCCAAAAAGGACAACGCGUCCGCCGGCAAGAGCGGCGGUGUCAAAGCAGGAGUGAAUUUCAAGACUGGGAUCGAACAUUUUUGCCUUCACACCGGCGGAAAGGCGGUUAUCGACGGGGUGGGAAAGAGUUUGGGGCUGACGGAGUACGACUUGGAGCCAGCAAGGAUGACACUUCAUCGAUUUGGUAACACAUCUGCCAGCAGCCUAUGGUAUGUCUUGGCAUACAUGGAGGCCAAGAAGAGGUUGAGAAGAGGUGACAGGGUGAUGAUGAUCAGCUUCGGGGGAGGUUUCAAGUGCAACAGCUGCCUUUUGGAGGUUGUUAGGGAUUUAGAGGAUGAUAACGUGUGGAAGGAUUUUAUUGCUAAUUACCCUCCAAAAACCCUAGUCAGUCCGUUCAUAAGCGAGUAUGGGUGGAUUAACAAUGAGACGGAGGAGACGUUUGAAAAAGCGGUGGAUAGCUACAAGCAAAAGUAUGGGUUAGAGUAGCUAGCUAGCUCAGCUACUGCACUGCCCUCUUUUGCCUACUCCAUCGCAUCAUCCACUCAGACUCAACUCUCUUAGUAUUAUUUUCCUACACCAUUUUUAAUGCUCACCUGUUGUUUCGUACGUGUGUUAGAUGAUGGCCGUGCUUACGAAUUUAUGGUGGUUGUCGAAGGACAGCCAUGAAUUUGUUGUGUUAUUGAAUUGGGUCCAUAUUGUUUGGUGUAUUAUAAGCUACUUUGCUGCUUCUUUAUUUCUUCCAACAACCUAACGCAACAGCACCCCAGAGACCGGAGACAAUCAUACCGCCGGAGGAGCAGCGGCCGGGGAAGGAGUGUUUUCAUUUCAAAGGCUUUCAUUGAAUUUACUAUGGGAUCGAUAUUAUUAUAUAUAAAUGUUUUUUUUUUUUUUGCUUUCGAAUUCGAUUUCCCUAUUAAUUAUAUGUUUAUUAGCUUGUAA